UCUCUCCAGCCCUGCUGGGGUACCACAUUUGUCUCGUUGGCGGCCGGGCUUAUCACGGGCCCACUCCGUGCAGCCCUCUCCACCUCCUGGCUGCCAGCGUCCCGCCCUGUCCCCUCCCAGCCCCAAGGGAGGAGGGGAGAAGAAGAGAGAGAAGGGGGGCCGGGGAGGUCCGGCUUUAUAAAGGCGCUAGAACCGCGCUGCCAGCCAGACCCUGCCGCCGGGAUCCCAGCGCUGCCCGUCGCGCACGUGACCGCGCCGCCCCCAGCUCCCCGGCUGCGCCUGCUCGCCAUGGCCCUUUUCGGGGCCUUCUUCCUAGCGCUGCUGGCAGGCGCUUAUGCGGAGCUCCCGGGCUGCAAAAUGCGCAUCACUUCCAAGGCGUUGGAGCUAGUGAAGCAGGAGGGGUUGCGCUUUCUGGAGCAAGAGCUGGAGACCAUCACCAUUCCGGACCUGCGGGGCAGCGAGGGCCAUUUCUAUUACAACAUCUCCGAGAUGAAGGUCACAGAGCUGCAGAUGACCUCCUCUGAGCUCAAUUUUCACCCGGAGCAGGAGCUGAUAUUACAAAUUACCAACGCCUCCUUGGGGAUGCGCUUCCGGAGACAGCUGCUCUACUGGUUCUUCUAUGAUGGGGGCUACAUCAAUGCCUCGGCAGAGGGCAUAUCCAUCCACACAGCUCUGCAGCUCUCCCGGGACCCCACUGGCCAGAUCAAGGUGUCCAACUUCUCCUGCCAGGCCUCUGUCUCCAGAAUGCACGUGAACUUCGGGGGAACCUUCAAGAAGGUGUAUGACUUCCUGUCCAUGUUCAUCACCUCAGGGAUGCGCUUCCUCCUCAACCAGCAGAUCUGCCCGGUGCUCCACCACGCUGGGAUGGUGCUGCUCAACUCCCUUCUUAGCACUGUGCCUGUGCGCAGUUCUGUGGACGAGCUCGUUGGCAUUGACUACUCCCUCUUGAAAGAUCCUGUGGCCUCCUCUAGCAACCUGGACAUGGAGUUCCGGGGGGCCUUCUUCCCUUUGGCCGAGAGGAACUGGAGCCUGCCCAACCGGGCAGUGGAGCCCCAGCUGCAGGAGGAGGAGCGGAUGGUGUAUGUGGCUAUCUCGGAGUUCUUCUUCGACUCUGCCAUGGAGAGCUACUUCCGGGCGGGAGCUCUGCAGCUGUCACUGGUGGGGGACAAGGUGCCCCACGAUCUGGACAUGCUGCUGCGGGCCACCUACUUUGGGAGCAUCAUCCUGCUGAGCCCGGCAGUGAUCGACUCCCCGAUGAAGCUGGAGCUGCGGGUCACAGUGCCACCACGCUGCACCAUCAAACCCUCUGGCACCACCAUCUCCAUCACUGCUAGCAUUACCAUCGCCCUGGUCCCGCCCAACCAGCCUGAGGUCCAGCUGUCCAGCAUGACCAUGGAUGCCCGGCUCAGCGCCAAGAUAGCACUCAAGGGGAAGGCGCUGCGCACGCACCUGGACUUGCGCAAGUUCCGAAUCUACUCGAACCAGUCUGCAUUCGAGUCACUGGCACUGAUCCCUUUGCAGGACCCCCUGAAGACCAUGCUGCAGAUUGGGGUGAUGCCGCUGCUCAACAAGCAUACCUUGCGUGGGGUGCAGAUCCCACUGCCCGAGGGCAUCAACUUUGUGCGGGAGGUGGUGACGAACCAUGCGGUGAGUGGGGGAAAGGGGAAGGAGGGCAGAGCUGCCCCUCCCUCUGCAGCUCACCAGUGCUCUUGCCCUCCAGGACUCCUCCCUUCUCAGUUGCCUCCUCCCAUUUUAAUCCUACACCAGCCACCUCCAGUCCUUUGCACAGGCCAUGCCCUCUCCUCGGAACAAUCUUCCCUGAUUCCACCCCUAGCUCCUACUGAUACUUCAGGUCUUAGCUAAGAGGUCUCUUCCUCCAGGAAGGCCUCCGUGACUCCCACAGGCUGUGCUUCUUCAGCCUCUAUUUCAGCACCUUCACAUACUGCUGUGCUGCCCCACUCCCCUACCAGACUGAGACCCCCUCUCUGACUUGCUGCACAGGGCUUCCUCACCAUUGGGGCUGACCUCCAUUUUGCCAAGGGGCUGCACGACGUGAUUGAGAAAUACCACCGGCCCGCCGACGCAAGUGAGCCCCAGGCAUCCAGUGUCCCUCCAACCUC